AUGGAGAAUCCUUUAAAACAUUUUAAUUUUUUAAAUACAAAAUUUGAAAGUUUUGGCUAUUUUUUUAUAAUUUUUAAUAUAUUUGUGGCUAUUAUCUCGAUAUAUUUUAUAAGAUAUAUAAAAACAUCUCCAAAGAAAAAUUUUAAAAACACAGAAAAUUCUUUAAGUGAUGAUGAACUUUUUAUGUAUGGAAGAGAAAUCGGAUCAUUGGAAAAAUUCGAUUUAAAAGAAAUAUCUAAAAAUAUAUGGGAUGGUAAUUAUAAAUAUAGUUAUGAAGGAGAUUCUAUAGAUGAUGUAAGCGAAAUAACUUUAUAUACAGAAUCAAGUAAUUGUGAUACAUGUUAUAACAGCGAAAAUAUAAAAAUAAAAAAAUAUCUUAAAAUAAAUGAAGAAUUAAAUGAUAUCAAAGAUUAUUUAGGUAUUAUAGAUAUAGAACUAAAAAAACUUUUAGAAAAAGAAAAAAAAUUUAAUAUUAAUGAUAUAAAUAAUAUUUUUAAUUCAACAAAUUAUGAAUCUAAACACAUUGAUGAAUCAAAUAAAGUUUUUAAUAGAUCAAAUAAUAUUACAGAUAAAGAUAAUACAAACAAUUAUAUAAAUACAAAAUUAAUUAAUCCUAUAAAUGUUAUAAACACAUUUAACGAUAAUUCAACUAUAAAAAAAUAUUCUAUCAUAAAAGAACCUGAUAAAAAUAAAGAAUCUAUAAACAAUAUAAAACAUGAUAAUAUUUGUCAUGAUUUAAAAACAUCAAACUUGGCAUCUAAUUACGAUAAUGAGAUCAAAUACAACUCGAUUCAUAAUUCUAUUAAUCAGGUUCAAAAUUAUGAGAAGAAUCUGAAUGAGAACAAUAUACAAAAUGCUGUGGAAAAAGACAAUAAUUCGGGUUCGAAUCAAUUAUUAGAAAAGUCAGAAAAAUUAGAAAAAUUAGAAAAAUCAGAAAAGUCAGAAAAAUUAGAAAAAUCAGAAAAAGCAGAAAAGUCGGAAAAAUUAGAAAAAUCAGAAAAAUUGGAAAAAUCAGAAAAAUUGGAAAAAUCAGAAAAACCAGAAAAGUCAGAAAAGUCAGAAAAAUUAGAAAAAUUAGAAAAAUUAGAAAAAUUGGAAAAAUUGGAAAAAGCAGAAAAGUCAGAAAAAUUGGAAAAAUCAGAAAAACCAGACAAAAUUAUCGAAACUAGAAGUGCAGACAAAACUGCAUAUAAUAUGGAUGAUAAUAAAAUAGACCAUUUAGAAAAAUCUGAACAAAACGAAAAAAUAAAAAAUGAUGAAAAUCAUAAUGAAGAAAAAGAAAAAUCAAAGCAAAACUUAGGGGAUAAACUUAGUAAAUUUAAAAAGUCAACAAAAGAAAGUUCAUUUAUUGGUUUAAUAUAUGGAUUAUUUAAUGGAAAUAAAAAAAAUGUUAAGGUAAAAGAAAGCCAAAAUGAGGAAAUAAAAAACACAGAAAAUUUUAAAUAUUCAAUCCAUAAAUUAAAAGACAACAGUAAUGCUAGUAUUGCCAAUACUUCGAAUGAUACCAUCGAUGCUGAUAAUGAUAAAGACAAGAAAUCACUUUCCUUAGAGAUAACUGACACUGACAAAACAUAUCAUGAAAAGUUGAACUACUUGACAGCAAAAGCGGAAAAUGAAGAAGCGGAAAAUAAAGAAGUAGAAAAUAAAGAAGUAGAAAAUAAAGAUGUAAAAAAUAAAGAUGUAAAAAAUAAAGAAUCAAAAAAUAUAGAAUCAGAAAAUACAGAUGUAAAAAAUAAAGAAUCAGAAAAUACAGAUGUAAAAAAUAAAGAAUCAGAAAAUAUAAAUGUAAAAAAUAAAGAAGCAGAAAAUAAAGAUGUAAAAAAUAAGGAUGUAAAAAAUAAAGAAGCAGAAAAUAUAGAUGCAGAAAAUGAAGAUGCAGAGAAUACAGAUGUAAAAAAUAGAGAUGCAGAAAAUGAAGAUGCAGAGAAUACAGAUGUAAAAAAUAAAGAAUCAGAAAAUAUAAAUGUAAAAAAUAUAGAUGCAGAAAACACACAUGUAAAAAAUAAAGAGUCAAAAAAUGUAGAUGCCGAAAACACAUAUGUAAAAAAUAAAGACGCAGAAAAUACACAUGUAAAAAAUAAAGAAUCAAAAAAUAUAGAUGUAAAAAAUAAAGAAGCAGAAAAUAAAGAUACAGAAAAUACAGAUGUAAAAAAUAAAGAUGCAGAAAAUAUAGAUGCAGAAAAUGAAGAUGCAGAGGAUACAGAUGUAAAAAAUAGAGAUGCAGAAAAUACAUAUGUAAAAAAUAAAGAAUCAGAAAAUAUAGAUGUAAAAAAUAAAGAAGCAGAAAAUAAAGAUGUAAAAAAUAAGGAUGUAAAAAAUAAGGAUGUAAAAAAUAAGGAUGCAGAAAAUAUAGAUGCAGAAAAUGAAGAUGUAAAAAAUAUAGAAUCAAAAAAUAUAGAUGUAAAAAAUAAAGAAGCAAAAAAUAAAGACACAGAAAAUACAGAUGUAAAAAUUAAAGAUGUAAAAAAUACAAAUGCAGAGAAUACAGAUGCAGAAAAUGAAGAUGCAGAGAAUAAAAACAUACAUAGAUUAAGUAAUGAACAAAUUGAAUAUUCAAUGAACAGAAAAAUAAAUAACGAAUAUAUUAAGGAUAUUGAAAAUAUAGCUCAAAGCGAAGUUCGAGAAAUAAGGAAAAAUAAAAAAAGUGAAAAUGAUGUUAUCAAUUGUAUAAAUGCAAAAGAAAGCAUAAAUAUAUCAAAUAAUAGCAAUUAUAAAAAAACAGAACUAGCAAAUGAACAUAUUUCUAGUAAAAUGGAAAAUACAAUAAAUAAUGAAAAGGUAUCUAAUAGUAUAAGCGAACAAAGAAGUAUUGAUAAUGCAACAAAAACAGAAAAUGAGUUAGUCUUAAAAGUCUCAAAAAAAUCUAUAUCAGAAAAUAUUCAAAACAAACAGAAUCCAACCAUUAUAACACAAUCAAAGGAUCCAAAUAAAAAUGGUUCUAUUAUAAACAUUUAUUGUGAUUAUGAUCAUGAAAAUGAACAGAAGUCAGCAAAUAAUUCAGCAGAUAAUUCAUCUGAAAAGGAAAAAAAAACAAAUUUAUACAUUAACAGUUCAGAAAAAUUGUCACUUGAAAGGAACGAAAAGUUAAAUUCCAACAUUGAUGAUUCAAAUAAAAGAAAUUCAAGGGCAAAUAUCUGCAUAACAAACUCUGGAGACCAUUCAAACAAUAAGGAAUCAAAUAGUGAUACUUACAUUAAUGGUUCAGAAAAUAGUUCAAGUAAGGAAGCAUCAAAAUUGGGUUCAUAUUUUAAAGAUUCUGAAUAUUCAAUGAGAGAAGAGGAAUCAAAGACAAAUUUACACGUUAACGAUUCAGAAUAUACUUCAAUUAAAAAAAUGUCACGAAUGGCUUCUUAUAUUAACGGUUCAGAAAAGACAUUAAGUAAAAAGGACUUGAAAAUCAAUUCUCGUAUUGACAAGUCAGAAAAAGCACUAAACAAAAAAGACAUUGAAAUCGAUUCUCACAUUAAUAAGUCAGAAAAAAUACUAAGUGAAGGGGGCUUUGAAAUCAAUUCUCACAUUAACAAUCCAGAAAAAAUGCUAAAUGAAAAAGGCUUAGAGAUCGAUUCUCAUCUUAACAAGUCAGGAAAAAUGGUAAAUGAAAAAGACUUGGAGAGCGAUUCUCAUCUUAACAAGUCAGGAAAAAUGGUAAAUGAAAAAGACUUGGAGAUUGAUUCUCAUCUUAACAAGUCAGGAAAAAUGGUAAAUGAAAAAGACUUGGAAAUCGAUUCUCAUCUUAACAAGUCAGGAAAAAUGCUAAAUGAAAAAGGAUUGGAAAUCGAUUCUAAUAUUAGCAAGUCAGAAAAGACAUUAAACAAAAAGGGCUUGGAAAUCAAUUCUCAUAUUAGCAAGUCAGGAAAAACGGUAAAUGAAAAAGACUUGGAGAGCGAUUCUCAUCUUAACAAGUCAGGAAAAAUUGUAAAUGAAAAAGGCUUGGAGAUUGAUUCUCAUCUUAACAAAUCAGGAAAAAUGCUAAAUGAAAAAGGAUUGGAAAUCGAUUCUCAUCUUAACAAUUCAGAAAAUACAUUAAGCAAAAAGGGUUUGAAAAUCAAUUCUCGUAUUAACAAUUCAGAAAAAGCACUAAACAAAAAAGAUUUGGAGAUCGAUUCUCAUAUUAACAAGUCAGAAAAAAUACUAAAUGAAGAGGGUUUGAAAAUAAAUUCUCGCAUUAAUAAUUCAGAAAAGACAUUGAACAAAAAAGACUUUGAGAUCGAUUCUCAUCUUAACAAAUCAGGAAAAAUGGUAAAUGAAAAAGGCUUGGAGAGCGAUUCUCAUCUUAACGAGUCAGAAAAAAUGCUAAGUGAAAAAGGCUUGAAAAUCGAUUCUAAUAUUAGCAAGUCAGAAAAGACAUUAAACAAAAAGGGCUUGGAAAUCGAUUCCAAUAUUAACAAUUCAGAAAAUACAUUAAGCAAAAAGGGUUUGAAAAUCAAUUCUCGUAUUAACAAUUCAGAAAAAGCACUAAACAAAAAAGAUUUGGAGAUCGAUUCUCAUAUUAACAAGUCAGAAAAGACAUUAAACCAAAAAGAUUUGGAAAUGGCUUCUCAUAUUAACGGUUCAGAAAAAAUAUUAAGUGAAAAGGGCUUGAAAAUCAAUUCUCGUAUUAACAAUUCAGAAAAAAUGCUAAGUGAAAAAGGCUUGAAAAUCGAUUCUAAUAUUAGCAAGUCAGAAAAGACAUUAAACAAAAAGGGCUUGGAAAUCGAUUCUCAUCUUAACAAGUCAGGAAAAAUGGUAAAUGAAAAAGGCUUGGAAAUCGAUUCUCAUCUUAACAAGUCAGGAAAAAUGGUAAAUGAAAAAGAUUUGGAAAUGGAUUCUCACAUUAGCAAUCCAGAAAAGAUACUAAAUGAAGGGGGCAUUGAAAUAAAUUCUCAUAUUAACAAUUCAGAAAAAAUGCUAAGUGAAAAGGGCUUGGAAAUCGAUUCUCAUCUUAACAAGUCAGGAAAAAUACUAAGUGAAAAAGGCUUGGCGAUCGAUUCUCAUCUUAACAAGUCAGGAAAAAUACUAAGUGAAAAAGGCUUGGCGAUCGAUUCUCAUCUUAACAAGUCAGAAAAAAUACCAAAUGAAAGGGGCAUUGAAAUAAAUUCUCACAUUAACAAAUCAGAAAAAAUAUUAAGUGAAAAGGGCUUGAAAAUCAAUUCUCGUAUUAACAAGUCAGAAAAAAUGCUAAAUGAAAAAGGCUUAGAGAUCGAUUCUCAUCUUAACAAAUCAGGAAAAAUGGUAAAUGAAAAAGGGUUGGAGAUCGAUUCUAAUAUUAACGAGUCAGAAAAAAUGGUAAAUGAAAAAGGCUUGAAAAUCAAUUCUCGUAUUAACAAUUCAGAAAAGACAUUAAACAAAAAAGGUUUAGAAAUCGAUUCUCAUCUUAACAAGUCAGGAAAAAUGGUAAAUGAAAAAGAUUUGGAAAUGGAUUCUCACAUUAGCAAUCCAGAAAAGAUACUAAAUGAAGGGGGCAUUGAAAUAAAUUCUCAUCUUAACAAGUCAGGAAAAAUGGUAAAUGAAAAAGGCUUGGAAAUCGAUUCUCAUAUUAAUAAGUCAGAAAAAAUACUAAAUGAAGAGGGCUUGAAAAUAAAUUCUCGCAUUAACAAUUCAGAAAAUACAUUAAACAAAAAAGAUUUAGAAAUCGAUUCUCAUAUUAACAAAUCAGGAAAAAUGCUAAAUGAAAAAGGAUUGGAAAUCGAUUCUCAUCUUAACAAGUCAGGAAAAAUGGUAAAUGAAAAGGGCUUGAAAAUCAAUUCUCGUAUUAACAAUUCAGAAAAAAUACUAAGUGAAAAGGGCUUGAAAAUCGAUUCUAAUAUUAACGAGUCAGAAAAGACAUUAAGCAAAAAGGGCUUGAAAAUCGAUUCACAUAUUAGUAAGUCAGAAAAAAUGGUAAAUGAAAAAGGCUUGAAAAUCAAUUCUCGUAUUAACAAUUCAGAAAAGACAUUAAACAAAAAAGGUUUAGAAAUCGAUUCUCAUAUUAAAAAGUCAGAAAAAACAUUAAACAAAAAAGGUUUAGAAAUCGAUUCUCAUAUUAACAAGUCAGGAAAAAUGGUAAAUGAAAAAGGCUUGGAGAUCGAUUCUAAUAUUAACGAGUCAGAAAAAAUGGUAAAUGAAAAAGGCUUGAAAAUCGAUUCUAAUAUUAACGAGUCAGAAAAAAUGGUAAAUGAAAAAGGCUUGGAGAUCGAUUCUCAUCUUAACAAGUCAGAAAAAAUAGUAAGCGAAAGUGAUACAAAAAGGGAUUGCUACGUAAAAGGCUCGAAAAAUACAUUAAGGGAAAGAAACUUAAAGAAAGGUUCGUAUAUUAGUGACUUGAACACAAAUUCGAUUGAUAAAGAAGUGAAAAUGAAUCCUCAUAUUAACGGUUCAGAAAAAAUGUCAAGUGGUACCAAUGGAAAACAAGAUGUUCACAUUAAUGACUCAAAAGAAGUUGUGAGUGAACAAGUCAGAAAGGAAAAUUCUUUUUUCACAAGUUCUUAUAAAUAUGGAAACGAAAAAAGUCCAAAGGGAAGUAAUAAUGAACUUACAAUAAAUGAUUUAAAUGAUACACAGUCAGAAAAUAGUGGAUGUGAAGACGAUUCAAGAAAUUUGAAUAUUAUGAAUAAUUCAGACAAUAUUUUAAAUGAAAAAAAAAAUUCUGAAUUAGAAAACAUAAACAGUUUAAAUGAUCCAAAUAUAAUAGAAUCAUCUGGAAAAAGUUCAAAACAGAUAAAAAAACUAAAAGAAUAUUUUGUAGAUGAAAAUAUAAAUUUAAGCACAUUAGAUGAUUCUAAAAAUAAUAUAAGCAGUCAAACAAAUAAAAGUACAAGAGAAAAUUCACAACAACUCAAAAUAUAUGAUUUUAAACAUCUUAAAGAAAAAUAUAAAUUACAAAAAGAAAAGAAAGAACAGGAAUUAAUUCAAUUUCAAAAUAAUUUAAAGAAUGAAUUUAUAGAACUAAAUGAAAUUAGAAAAAAACAAAAAAAAAGUCUAGAAAAUACGCCAGAAAAUUCAACCAAUAGCAUACAAGGAGCUACAAGAAAUACAAACAAUAAUAAUGAUAAUAAUAAUGAUAAUAAUAAUGAUACAUUAGAAAUGUCAUCACAAAAUUCCAGAAUAAUAUAUGAUCAAGGAAAUGUAGAUAUAAGAACAAAAACGAAACCAUACGAAUACACAAAACAUAGUACAAAUACGGAUAUUCUGAAUUUUGAGAAGAAAAAAAAUGACGAAUCUGAAAAUCUUAAAAAGUGGAAGUCUCAUAUAAUAUCGAAGAAAUACGAAGAGGAUUGGCUAUCAUCAGAUGUUCUUUUAUCAUGUUUUUUGAAUUUUAUUAAAUUAAAAAAGUAUGUAAAUAUAGCUGAAUUAUCUGUUAAAUUCCAGACAACAACUGAGGAUAUAAGAGAAAAACUAGAGGAGUUAGAGACGUUAGAUAUGAUAAAUGGGGUUCUGGAUGAAAAAGGGAAUUAUAUUUAUUUAUCACAAGAUGAAAUUAAUAAAUUAUGUUUGGAAAUUCAAACAAAUGGAGAAGUUGAUACCCAUGAAGAUUUUGUGAACAUUUGCAACAAAAUUAUAUCACUAAGUAUUAAUGAAGCGGACAUGAAGAAAUUAAAAGAAGAGGAAGAAAAAAUUAUUAUUGCCAAAACGGAUAUGUUGUGA